AUGAGUGUUGACGGGAAAGGGAUUUUGAGGAAAUCGAAGCGCUCGGCCCUGGCAGAACCGAUUCUUCGGACUGGCGAAGAUGAACAAAAGGCAGUGUUACGGCCCCACAAGUACGCCACAUACGUAAGAUUAUCCAAUUCAUGCCCGUCUGUCGAUUCCUGAACACUGUUAUUUAUUGGUUUCAGCGGAAAUGUUUCAUCCUGAUCCGUCAUGCUGAAACUUGUGCUGAUGUGUGGCCGGAGUGGGUCGACUUGUGCUUUGACAGUCAAGGGAAGUACACUCAGGUCAACCUCAACUUUCCGCGAUUCCUGAUCAAACGCCCCGAUGUCCACGAGUAUAUUCAUGAUCCGCCGAUCACUCAGAUGGGCAAGUACAAUAUAAUUUGCAUAACCUUAGUUUCUGCUUGUAGGUUGGACCCAAGCCAGUUGCGUCACCGAGUCGUUGGCGAUCUCCUCGAUGCCGGUUACUUGCAUUUAUUCGAGUCCUUCCUUCAAAUGUGUCCAAACUGCUCAAGCAAUUGCCUCCAGGUUCGAGAAAAAACAUGGCGUAAAGGCGACGAUCAGAGUGGAGCCCGCGCUCGCGGAGUUCAUUGGAUUCAACGAGAACCCGGUUGCCAGGUAGGCAAAGUAUCUUUGCGGAAAAAUCUUUUUUUUUUUUCAACGAAAACGAUGACAAAUGGGAAACAAAGUGUCCCCCUUUCUCUUUCUCUCACAAAAAGCGGGCGCUGAAUCGAGUGGGAAAAUAACGAGAGAAGCUGCCGGCCCAAGUAGUAUAGUGGUUAGUACUCCACGUUGUGGCCGUGGCGACACAGGUUCGAUUCCUGUCUUGGGCAGCCUCGUUUUUUGAUGAUUUUUAUUAAUUUAGUGAUUGUUUGUGUAUGGGUUAACACAAUUUAUUUUGUUGCUAGGUUUUUCAUCGGUCCUACAGAUGGUUUUUUUCAGGUUCUUCGACGUUCAGACUUUGAAGGAUUGUCAAUAUCACAUUGCAGACAAUUACACACCCAUAACAGAAUUGGACGAUAUCCAAUUCAUCAAGACCGAAAAGAAGGAAGCCUUCUAUCACCGCAUUGCUAAGGCCUUUGAGCAUAUCAGGGCGUAAGUCAACCUCAUGAAAAUACUGGAAUUGGGAGAUUUUAUUCUUUUAGAAAAACUAAGAAUGAGGUCAGAGUUCUUUUGGUGGUCCCUCCAUCUGUGAUGGAUGCUCUCGUUAAAGGGGCCAAGAACAAGACUCCGGACAUGGUAUCGGACCACCAACUGAAGUAUCGAAUGAAGGACUUCUACCCUCCUUUGUCCAACAUCUUUUUGGUCCAGAACAUGACCGAGAUCAAGAAUGUAAUAGAUAAAUUUGAAUUAAUUUUGUAUCAAGAUGGGCAAUAUUUUUAUGUUUAUUCGACUUUCAGAAGACCUUUUCAAUCCUCCUCCGUCCCAUCCCCAAAAUGACCAUAUUUGGGUAUGUGAAUCGAGUGGACUUGGAGUUCCUGAAGGCAUCGACGGACUUUGAGAGUAAGGAUAAUGAGGAACAGAAGUCGGAAGAGGAAAGUAUGCAGAGAAGGAAGAUUCUGAAGAAGGUUAAAAACAGGACGUCCGUUGUGGAGGUUGCAACUGCUGGGGAUCUCAAAUGGGAACAGCCUUCGCAAAUAGCCCCAAAAGUGUUCGAUGACAAGUACAGAGAGGAGGGUACUGUAUUCCAGAAGAAGAAAAUCCCGUUCGAAGAGAAGAAGUUGGGAAAGGGGUAGGGUUACUAUAUAUAAUAUCUCUUCGGUUACAGUAACAUCGUAGCGUUGUGGUAAUUUUAGUAAGGGUACUGUAUAUACUGUAACUUGACUAUGACAUGUAUAUAAUAAUAUGUGAAGGGUUACGAUUUAGAAAUAUUUUAGACUAAAAUUUUUUCAGUCACUGUAAGUUUUGUAAUAAAUAUUGUUUGAGGUUAUAGCAUGAUUUUUUGAAUUGUAGCACCCGGCCAAACCAUUACAUGGUCGAUGAAAAGGAGAAAAGCAAAGAGUCCAUCGAUGAGGCGCCUGGGAAUGAAAACAGUAAGUUAACGACAGCAGAAGACAAUAUUUUACGUUUUUUCUUACAUUACUUUUGUUGUUUUAGUCGCUCCGUUGGAAGCCGAUGCGGAUGAUCACGAGGAAGAUGAGCCCAGUGUAAGUUCACUGAUUUGUGUUUUCGGGGUACAGUAAUAUUUCGAUUCAACUUACUAUGUGUGUACUUACAACCUCGUUUAGAAGAAGCACAAUUACGCCAACCAAGUUCCAAAAACCGGGCGAAGACACCGGAAAUAG